GCAUCCCAUCGGCGAGGGCCUUGGUCCCAGGCAGAAGAUGCCUACUUGUGUCAGCUGGUGCACACCCAGGGAGCAUUGAAUUGGGUCCGGAUAGCCCAACUCAUCGGCUCUCGGUCCCCCAAACAGUGCCGAGAACGGUAUCACCAAAACCUCAAGCCAUCACUGAAUCACGAGCCGAUCAGUCCCGAUGAGGGUCUGCAAAUUGAGCGCAUGGUAGGAGAAAUGGGGAAGCGAUGGGCUGAGAUUGCUCGUCGACUCCAUGGUCGAAGCGACAAUGCCGUCAAGAAUUGGUGGAACGGCAGCAUGAACCGUCGUCGACGUCUCGUCCUACGACGAAGGCCUUCCUCUCAACAUACCACCACCUUUGAUGAGCGUGCUCAACCUCUAUCAUUCGCGAGACCCCUUGGUCGUCCCCUCGACCUCACACCUUCGGGCUUCCCUUGUCGACAUGGUCCGGACGGACCCCUUCCUUCUCCAGCGGUCUCGGAAGGCUCACGAGCAGAGUCAGUCGAUGGAGCACCUUCGCUGGUGUCAGAUAAUGGCUCCGCCUUCUCGAUAUCCCCUCGCCUAGCUUCCUCGCCUGGGGUUGAGCUACCUCCCCUGAAUCCUUUUAGUCGCGAUAACCGAAGACCAAGCUUGCCAACACUCUCCUUCAGACCGAAUUCU